UUGGAUGUUUUUUAUAUUAAUAAAUAUAGAAUUUCGAUUUCUAAUUUAGGCUAGUCAGUAGAAAUAAGUUUAUCGAUAUCAAAGCACAUGAGUAAAAUUAUUUGUAUUUAUCUAAUGUUAUCACAUCUAUAUUUCAACGGACGCGUUAUAAGGACGCGUGGGUUCAUAGUUUUUCGAAAUAAGUUACGCUUUUAUUCCGAGCAAAAAAACUUAGAUUUGCUAGCUAUAGAACGUAAAUGGAGAGAAAGAUGGAAACAAUUAAAGAAUAGACCCAAAAAUCAAGAAAAUAAACAAAAAUUUUAUAUAUUGGCUAUGUUUCCAUAUCCAAGUGGUAUGUUACAUAUGGGACAUGUAAGAGUAUACACCAUUAGCGAUACUAUUUCAAGAUUCAGGAAAAUGUUAGGUCACGAGGUAAUUCAUCCUAUGGGUUGGGAUGCGUUCGGACUCCCAGCUGAAAAUGCUGCAAUUGAGCAUGGUAUUCACCCAGUUGAUUGGACAGUAUCAAACAUUAAAGCCAUGAAGAUGCAAAUGGAAAAAAUUUUGACAGAUUUUGAUUGGGAUAGGGAAUUAUCUACCUGUAACUCAGACUAUUACAAAUGGACGCAAUAUCUCUUCCUUAAACUGUAUAAAAAUGGUUUAGCUUACCAAAAAGAAGCUGUUGUCAAUUGGGACCCAAUUGAUCAAACCGUGUUGGCAAAUGAACAGGUAGAUGGCGAGGGGCGUUCUUGGCGCUCAGGUGCUAAAGUAGAACUUCGAAAGUUAAAACAAUGGUUUUUUAAAAUCACAGACUUUGCUGAGCCAUUGUUGAAAGAUCUUGAUAAGUUGAAUGAAUGGCCAGAUCGCGUUAAGCAAAUGCAACGUUAUUGGAUUGGAAAAUCCGAAGGUGCUGAAUUUGAUUUUAUUGUGAAUUUGAAUAGAAAGUAUAGAGAGACAACAUUUCUUAUAAAAGUGUUUACUAGCAGACCAGAUACCAUUUUUGGUGUGCGUUACCUAGCUAUAUCUACAGAUCAUGCUCUCGUAUCAAAAGAUUUUCUUCAGUCAGAUGUUUAUUCUAAAGUAUUGAAACUUGCAGAAGAAAUGAAACAAUAUUUAAUUGGAGCGAACGAAAAAAAAAAAUCCACCAAAGGGAUCAAUACUGGUCUUUACGCAACUCAUCCUAUUACUGGAGCAACGAUUCCUAUUUACGUAGCUUCAUAUGUUGUUUCUGAUUAUGGAACGGGAGCUGUAAUGGGAGUUCCUGCACAUGAUCAACGUGAUUGGAAUUUUACCAAAGCAAAUCGGAUAGUUGACGAGAAAGAUAUCAGAAGAGUUGUAAAGCCUUACAGUGCGAAAUUCAUUGAAGAGUGUGAAGUUUAUACAUCAUAUGGAAUAUUAACAUCAGAUUGCGGUCAAUAUGCUGGAAUGUCCAGUGAAAAUGCAAUAAAUGCAAUCGUCAAUGAUGCUGAAAAAAGAGGAUAUGGUCGUUCAGCUGUUCAAUAUCGUCUUAGAGAUUGGCUAAUAUCAAGGCAGCGGUACUGGGGCGCCCCAAUUCCUAUGAUACAUUGUUCAAGAUGUAACGUUGUGCCUGUUCCCGAGUCAGAAUUACCAGUUAUUUUGCCAACGAACAUUUCACUUACUGGGCGUGGUGGUUCUCCUUUAAAAUACGUAAAAGAUUGGUUAAAUACCAAAUGUCCAAAGUGCCACGGUCCUGCAGAAAGAGAUACAGACACCAUGGAUACUUUUGUUGACUCAUCGUGGUAUUUUAUGCGUUACACUGAUCCAAAUAAUAUUUUAUUGCCAUUUUCACAUGAUAAAGCAUCCAAAUAUCUUCCUAUUGACGUAUAUGUUGGUGGCGUAGAGCAUGCGAUUUUACAUUUAUUGUAUUCAAGAUUUUUUACAAAAUUUUUAUAUAAACUGGGUAUGUAUAAACCAAUACACAAUAAUACUCAAGGACGCGAUGAACCGUUCAGGCAAUUGGUAACACAGGGAAUGGUUCAUGCUAAAACCUUUAAAGACCCUUUAACUGGGAGAUUUUUAAAACCUGAAGAAGUCGAUCUAUCAAAUCCUAAUGAACCUAUACAGAAAUCAACCAGACUGGCUCCAGAAAUAUCAUUUGAAAAAAUGUCUAAAAGCAAAUAUAACGGGAUUGAUCCAGAAAUAACUAUCGAAAAGUAUGGUGCAGAUGCUACGCGUUUGCAUAUGCUUUACAAAGCUCCUGUAUCCGAAAUUCUUGAAUGGGAAGAUUCAAGUAUUGUAGGUAUGCAAAGAUGGAUUUUACGUGUUUGGAGGUUAGUUGAGAGCAUCGCUAAUUUUCCCCGACAAAGUGAUGAUCUCAUAUUGAAUAUGAGCAUGAUGAGCAACGAAGAAAAAGAAACAUAUAGAUUAAUAAACUUUACAAUAAAGGAGUUGACAACAAUAUUUUAUGAUACUUAUUCAUUCAAUACAGCAGUUUCUUAUUUGAUUAAAUUAACAAACCAUCUUACAAGUAUUUCCCCAAAUGUUAAUAUGUCUCGGCCAGUUUAUAUAUAUGGUGUUAAAUGUUUAGUUAAAAUGAUGGCACCGAUGGCUCCAAGUUUAGGAGAAGAAUUUUGGGAGGUUUUGAAUAAGGGAAGGGGAACUCGAACAAUCUUUGAAGAAUCUUGGCCAAAGGUUGAUAACAAAGGGUUAAGCGUUGAAGAAGUUACUUGUGUUGUGCAGAUUAAUGGCAAAAUGCGAUUUUCCCUUCAGGUUCCGUCUUCAAUUUUAAAAGAUAAUUUAAUGGUUGAAAUGUUAAUUCGUAAGUCUAAUAAUGGCCAGAAAUGGAUUGAAGAAAAUCAAACUGGUAAAAAGAUUAAACGUGUAAUCCAUGCUAAUGGUGGGAAAAUUGUUAAUUUUGUUUUUGAAAAUAAUCAAAGAAAGGAAUAAGAAAAGUAUCAAUGAUAAUAAAUUAUUUAAAUCGAAAUAAAAAGUUCUUUAAAUAAAUAACUUUAUUCUUAUUUCUUUAUAAAGUAAC